AUGAAUACUUCAAGCUACUGGGGAGAGAUACCCCAGGUCGCAGAUACAGAAUCAGGCAUUGCUGCUCUGGAGCGAGAACAAAUAACUAAACCGCGGGCAAUGGAGAUUGAGGGUCCACUGCUGCACCAGCCUUCCAGCAGACAUCACCCACCAACGAAUGAGGUUCUCUCAAGUGAACAUUUUCAAAUGGACCCACUGGUCAUUCACACAAUUCGACUCCUUCAACACAUCAAGAAGGUCAGAGCAGCUAUAGCUACCUUGCAGCAAGAAAUGAAACCAGAGGGUGAGUCUGUUGCCAUCUGUGUUGGCCCAGUGCCAGAGUAUGAGGGACCACCACUGAGAGACAGAUCCCGGAAGAAAUACUUCACAGAAGAAGACUACCAAAGUGACUUUGUGAGAGGCAUUGGUGUCUCCCCGGCACCGAUAGAUGAUGUCACGUGCCGAAGACUUUUGAGACGAUCUACAGCUGCCAUUUGUGCUCACCUGUCAUUUGACACCACUCAAGAGUCUGUGUUGGAGACACUGACAGACAUUUGUUCAGAAUUUCUGAUACAAUUCACGCGACAUUUGGGUCAAGCAGCUGAUCGACGAGGGUUGUAUGGACCUGAUGGAUUUCCCGAUCUGAUCGAGCGAGUGUUUCAUGAAAUGGGAAUGGGCAGUGUCACAUGUUUGAGGGACUUCUACAAACAGCGAGUACUUCAGUACCACGAUAAGGUACAGCAGCAGUGCCAGGCACUCACGGCAGAGUACAAUGCCCUCAGUAAACAGCCCUCAGCUGUGGUCAAACCAGCAUCUUCCUCACAGAGUAGCAAGGAUACCCUUCAUGUUAUCAGAAUUAAAGAGGAACCAAGCUCGGAAAUUCAGUUUCCAUUGCUGGACGAGAAUGAUGAAGUCACCGAGACGGAGCAGUUGCUUAAUAUUGAAAGUUUAAGUGCAUUUGAGAUUACAGUAGAACAUGAGACGGCAACUGGGCUGACGACCGAGGUGGAGACCAAGUGGUCACAUUCAGGAAAGGGAGCUGUGGCAGAUGGAAAACAGAAGCAAACUGUAUCAACUGAUGAGGGUGCUGGUAGCAGCGGCACCCUACAGGAGGUGCCGCACACACCUCAUUCGAACAUUCCCAGAACACCCCAAGCCACCAUCCCAUGUACACCUCAGUCCGUCAUCUCCCCUGCUCCUCAAGACGUGGUUGUUCCCAUCUUGAGGGAGUUUUCCAGUCAGGACGAUGCAUCCAUCCAGGAACCGGGGUCCAUAUCCAGUAUGGAUAUCUUCUCCCCUUCUGUGCCUACACCAAGUAAAUCUAAGAAAAGUAAAUGUUUAAAAAAAAGUCAAGUAGACACGCAGGCCUUAUGA